AUGACACUGGGGUGUCUGGGGGGGUUCUGGGACCGGGGGGUCACCAGCGUCACUGCUCCUGGGGUCCUGAGCUCGGCUCUGGGCAGGGUUUGGAGGCACUGGGAGCAGCUGGGGCUCAGCCCCGGGGAGCUGUCACAGGGGGGGGGGGCUGGAUGGGAUCAUCCUCGUGUUUUUGGGGUCCUUGUGCCCCCCUUUUCACACCCUCCCUCCCCCGCAGUGCGCUACGGGCGCUUCGACCCCGAGGACCAGCGCAGCCGGCACUGCCCCUACCUGGACACCAUCAACAAGAGUGUCCUGGACUUUGACUUUGAGAAGCUCUGCUCCAUCUCCCUGUCCCACAUCAACGUCUACGCCUGCCUGGUCUGCGGGAAGUACUUCCAGGGCCGCGGGCUGAAGUCGCACGCCUACAUCCACAGCGUGCAGCUGAGCCACCACGUGUUCCUCAACCUGCACACGCUCAAGUUCUACUGCCUGCCCGACAACUACGAGAUCAUCGACUCCUCCCUCGAGGACAUCACGUACGUGCUGAAGCCCACCUUCACAGCCCAGCACAUCGCCCACCUGGACAAACAGGCCAAGCUGUCCCGGGCCUACGAUGGCACCACGUACCUGCCUGGCAUCGUGGGGCUCAACAACAUCAAGGCCAACGACUAUGCCAACGCUGUGCUGCAGGCCCUCUCCAACGUGCCUCCCCUGAGGAAUUACUUCCUGGAGGAGGAGAACUACCGGCACAUCCAGCGCCCGCCCGGGGACAUCAUGUUCCUGCUGGUGCAGCGCUUCGGGGAGCUCAUGAGGAAGCUCUGGAACCCCAGGAACUUCAAGGCACACGUGUCCCCCCACGAGAUGCUGCAGGCAGUGGUGCUGUGCAGCAAGAAGAACUUCCAGAUCACCAAGCAGGGGGAUGGGGUGGAGUUCCUGUCCUGGUUCCUGAACGCGCUGCACGCCGCGCUGGGCGGCACCAAGAGGAAGAAGAAGACCAUCGUCACCGACGUGUUCCAGGGCUCCAUGCGCAUCUUCACCAAGAAACUGCCACACCCUGACCUGCCCGCGGAGGAGAAGGCGCAGCUGCUGCAGAACAGCGAGUACCAGGAGCGCAUGGUGGAGUCCACCUUCCUGUACCUGACCCUGGACCUGCCCACGGCGCCGCUCUACAAGGACGAGAAGGAGCAGCUCAUCAUCCCCCAGGUGCCCCUGUUCAGCAUCCUGGCCAAGUUCAACGGCAGCACCGAGAAGGAGUACAAGACCUACAAGGAGAACUUCCUGAAGCGCUUCCAGCUCACACGCCUGCCCCCCUACCUCAUCUUCUGCAUCAAGCGCUUCACCAAGAACAACUUCUUCGUGGAGAAGAACCCCACCAUCGUCAACUUCCCCAUCACGAACGUGGACCUGCGGGAGUACCUGUCGGAGGAGGUGCAGGCCGCGCACUCCCACACCACCUACGACCUCAUCGCCAACAUCGUGCACGACGGGAAGCCCUCGGAGGGCUCCUACCGCAUCCACGUCCUGCACCACGGCACAGGGAAGUGGUACGAGCUGCAGGACCUGCAGGUGACCGACAUCCUGCCCCAGAUGAUCACCCUGUCCGAGGCCUACAUCCAGAUCUGGAAGCGACGCGAGGAGGAUGAGACGAACCAACAAGGCGCCUGAGAGCCUUGGGGACACCCAGAAAACCCCCUGGGGACACCCCCAGCUCCCCCUCGGGGGUAUCCCCACCCCCCUAGGGGUGCCCUUAGACCCCUUUAGGAGCAGCCCAAGCUCCCCCGUGGUCACCCAGAGACUCGCAGGGACACCUGAUGCCCACCUGGGGACACCCUCAGUCCCCCUGCAGGUGUGUGUGUCCCAGUAAAUGCCACCUGAUAUUUUUGUAGCUCA